UUCGUCCAGCAUGGUGUCGACCCGUGGCCACCACACGAAGUACAAAUUUUGCGACGGCGAGAAGGUGCUUUGCUACGAACCGGACACUACCAAAGCGAAAGUCUUGUACGAUUCGAAGGUACUGGAAGUGUCCGAGGGCAAAGAUAAGCGGGGGCGGCGUAUCAUCGAGUACCUGAUACACUUUCAAGGCUGGAACUCGUCCUGGGACCGGAAGGUGAGCGAGGAUUUCAUCCUAAAGGACACGGAGGAGAACCGUCAGCUGCAGAAAGAUUUGGCCGAAAAAUCGCAACUCUAUCAGGGCGCCUACUUGUAUCGGAAGGAGCGGAAAAAACAGCGCGUGAAAAGUUUGACAGAUCGCAUCGAGAGCUUGACGAAUGCAAAGAUACAGCCGCAUCCCGGGUCUUCGGAGGAAGGCAGCUCAUGUAGCGGUUUCGGUCGGGACGAUACCGAUUACAAUAUUGACGAUAUGGAAGAAUACUACAGCAGCUCGGUGGAGAGCGCCCACGAGGAGGACAAAGUGUACCUACAGGUUGGCAGUAAGCUGCGGAAUCACCUCGAUUUCGACCACCGCAUGGUACACACCGAGGGUGCGCUGGCGGAGCUACCGGCCAAGCUGCCGGUAGUGACGAUUCUGGAAGCGUUCGUGCGCUACUACACCCUCCGGCAGCUGUUCGAGGGUGGCCACUCGGGGCAGCUGAAAACCCGCCGGCGUAACAGUUCCGCGUUGCGCAGCGAACAAAAGGCGCGGGACUACGAACAAAUUCGUACGAACGUGGAACUUUGCAAGGAGGUGGCGGACGGUCUGCGGCUUUACUUCGAUUUCACGCUCGUCGACUACCUGCUGUACCCGCAGGAGAAGGCCCAAGCGCAGCUGGUACUGGCCGAGGAGAAUCUGUCCAACUUCACGUACAUCGCGUCUCAAAACCUGUCCCUCGACAUGCUGACCACCACCAGGCUGGAGUCACCGACGGCGGACAUGCAGCCACCGAACGAUGCCGAUCUCUCGAAUGCGGCCAGUUUGGCCGAAGAACGCCGCCACCGUCGGUUGCGUUCGCACAAAAACGAGGAGAACGAGUUUGUGCUCGACAUUGCGGCCCUGCAGCAAGGCACGGCAUCCGGUCGGCAACCGACGACGGCACGCGGCAACUUAUCACCGCUCGGCACGAGCCUCAACAUCCUGCGCUCGAUUUUGCCGCAGAACGUGACGAUAUCGCGCGAAGCGAAGGAGGUUCUGGACGACGUGUUUCGGUGGCGUAUCCUGCCCUCGAAUGCACCGGCUGAACCAUCGAUGGUUUACGGUGCGAUCCAUUUGGCAAGGCUGAUCGUGAAGCUUCCGGAGUUUCUCUCCGCCACCGCCGCCAUGGUGGACGAGAAGCUGAAACUGUUGCUCAAGUUUUUGGACACCUUCGCGGAGUUCAUUGAAGCGCACGACGAAUGGUUCGGAAGGCAGUUUUAUGGGAGCGCUAAAGAAAGCGACGCCGCGACGGCCAAUCCUGACCAGCGAUUGUCUUAG